UAUCACAAGGUGUUAUGAAGUGGACACUGAUCUUCCUCCUUGGUAGUGCCUUGGUUGUGGGCACCAUGGGCUGGACUUAUCAUCACUCUAACAACAAGAUGAACUGGUCCCAGGCCAGAGAGUUUUGUCAGAACAACUACACUGACAUGGUCGCCAUCCAAAGCCAGGAGGAAAAUGACUACCUGGUGUCUCUGCUGCCAAACAGAAGUUCGAGUCCAUAUUAUUGGAUUGGAAUCACGAAAGCCCACAAAAAUGACCCGUGGACCUGGGUUGGAAACAACAGCACAUGGAUUGGUGACCAUUCGUGGGCGCAAAAUGAGCCUAACAACAACCACAGCACAGAGUUUUGUGUGGAGAUCUAUGUGAACGGAGGGGCAAACAGAGGGAAGUGGAACGAUGAGAAAUGUGCCAAUUUGAAAUACCCUGUUUGCUAUAAAGCCCAAUGUACUGCAACAUCAUGUGGGAGAGGGCGGUGCCAGGAGACGAUCAAAAACAUUACCUGCCACUGUGAGCCUGGCUUUGAGGGAGACAGGUGCCAAACAGCUGUGCAAUGCGCCCCUCUGUCUCAGCCCGACGGCGGAUACCUUAACUGCUCAGGAGAGAACCAGACGUUCAACUCAACCUGUACAUUUGGAUGUUACCUGGGAUUCCUGCUGCUGGGCUCAUCAGACCUUACCUGUGGCACUGACGGUGUCUGGAGUGGACCAAGGCCUGUUUGUGCAAGCUAUAAACAACUUCUAAUGGCUGUAGCUGGGUGUGGGGCCUUCUCAGCCAUAUGCUGCAUCUGCUUUUGCUGCAUAAAGCACAGAAAGAGAAAGAAACUUGCCCAACCAAGGGAGCCAGAGGAAGUGACAAAUCCAUCUAAUGAGACACUGGGCUGAAGGACAGCUGCAACCUCAUUUAC